UUGUACGUGUACGUGUACGUGUACGUGUACGUGUACGUGUACGUGUACGUGUACGUGUACGUGUACGUGUACGUGUACGUGUACGUGUACGUGUACGUGUACGUGUACGUGUACGUGUACGUGUACGUGUACGUGUACGUGUACGUGUACGUGUACGUGUGUACGUGUACGUGUACGUGUACGUGUACGUGUACGUGUACGUGUACGUGUACGUGUACGUGUACGUGUACGUGUACGUGUACGUGUACGUGUACGUGUACGUGUACGUGUACGUGUACGUGUACGUGUACGUGUACGUGUACGUGUACGUGUACGUGUACGUGUACGUGUACGUGUACGUGUACGUGUACGUGUACGUGUACGUGUUACGUGUACGUGUACGUGUACGUGUACGUGUACGUGUACGUGUACGUGUACGUGUACGUGUACGUGUACGUGUACGUGUACGUGUACGUGUACGUGUACGUGUACGUGUACGUGUACGUGUACGUGUACGUGUACGUGGUGUACGUGUACGUGUACGUGUACGUGUACGUGUACGUGUACGGUACGUGUACGUGUACGUGUACGUGUACGUGUACGUGUACGUGUACGUGUACGUGUACGUGUACGUGUACGUGUACGUGUACGUGUACGUGUACGUGUACGUGUACGUGUACGUGUACGUGUACGUGUACGUGUACGUGUACGUGUACGUGUACGUGUACGUGUACGUGUACGUGUACGUGUACGUGUACGUGUACGUGUACGUGUACGUGUACGUGUACGUGUACGUGUACGUGUACGUGUACGUGUACGUGUACGUGUACGUGUACGUGUACGUGUACGUGUACGUGUACGUGUACGUGUACGUGUACGUGUACGUGUACGUGUACGUGUACGUGUACGUGUACGUGUACGUGUACGUGUACGUGUACGUGUACGUGUACGUGUACGUGUACGUGUACGUGUACGUGUACGUGUACGUGUACGUGUACGUGUACGUGUACGUGUACGUGUACGUGUACGUGUACGUGUACGUGUACGUGUACGUGUACGUGUACGUUACGUGUACGUGUACGUGUACGUGUACGUGUACGUGUACGUGUACGUGUACGUGUACGUGUACGUGUACGUGUACGUGUACGUGUACGUUGUACGUGUACGUGUACGUGUACGUGUACGUGUACGUGUACGUGUACGUGUACGUGUACGUGUACGUUGUACGUGUACGUGUACGUGUACGUGUACGUGUACGUGUACGUGUACGUGUACGUGUACGUGUACGUGUACGUGUACGUGUACGUGUACGUGUACGUGUACGUGUACGUGUACGUGUACGUGUACGUGUACGUGUACGUGUACGUGUACGUGUACGUGUACGUGUACGUGUACGUGUACGUGUACGUGUACGUGUACGUGUACGUGUACGUGUACGUGUACGUGUACGUGUACGUGUACGUGUACGUGUACGUGUACGUGUACGUGUACGUGUACGUGUACGUGUACGUGUACGUGUACGUGUACGUGUACGUGUACGUGUACGUGUACGUGUACGUGUACGUGUACGUGUACGUGUACGUGUACGUGUACGUGUACGUGUACGUGUACGUGUACGUGUACGUGUACGUGUACGUGUACGUGUACGUGUACGUGUACGUGUACGUGUACGUGUACGUGUACGUGUACGUGUACGUGUACGUGUACGUGUACGUGUACGUGUACGUGUACGUGUACGUGUACGUGUACGUGUACGUGUACGUGUACGUGUACGUGUACGUGUACGUGUACGUGUACGUGUACGUGUACGUGUUACGUGUACGUGUACGUGUACGUGUACGUGUACGUGUACGUGUACGUGUACGUGUACGUGUACGUGUACGUGUACGUGUACGUGUACGUGUACGUGUACGUGUACGUGUACGUGUACGUGUACGUGUACGUGUACGUGUACGUGUACGUGUACGUGUACGUGUACGUGUACGUGUACGUGUACGUGUACGUGUACGUGUACGUGUACGUGUACGUGUACGUGUACGUGUACGUGUACGUGUACGUGUACGUGUACGUGUACGUGUACGUGUACGUUACGUGUACGUGUACGUGAGUUACGUGUACGUGUACGUGUACGUGUACGUGUACGUGUACCGUUACGUGUACGUGUACGUGUACGUGUACGUGUACGUGUACGUGUACGUGUUACGUGUACGUGUACGUGUACGAGUACGUGUACGUGUACGUGUACGUGUACGUGUACGUGUACGUGUACGUGUACGUGUACGUGUACGUGACGUGUACGUGUACGUGUACGUGUACGUGUACGUGUACGUGUACGUGUACGUGUACGUGUACGUGUACGUGUACGUGUACGUGUACGUGUACGUGUACGUGUACGUGUACGUGUACGUGUACGUGUACGUGUACGUGUACGUGUACGGUACGUGUACGUGUACGUGUACGUGUACGUGUACGUGUACGUGUACGUGUACGUGUACGUGUACGUGUACGUGUACGUGUACGUGUACGUUUACGUGUACGUGUACGUGUACGUGUACGUGUACGUGUACGUGUACGUGUACGUGUACGUGUACGUGUACGUGUACGUGUACGUGUACGUGUACGUGUACGUGUACGUGUACGUGUACGUGUACGUGUACGUGUACGUGUACGUGUACGUGUACGUGUACGUGUACGUGUACGUGUACGUGUACGUGUACGUGUACGUGUACGUGUACGUGUACGUGUACGUGUACGUGUACGUGUACGUGUACGUGUACGUGUACGUGUACGUGUACGUGUACGUGUACGUGUACGUGUACGUGUACGUGUACGUGUACGUGUACGUGUACGUGUACGUGUACGUGUACGUGUACGUGUACGUGUACGUGUACGUGUACGUGUACGUGUACGUGUACGUGUACGUGUACGUGUACGUGUACGUGUACGUGUACGUGUACGUGUACGUGUACGUGUACGUGUACGUGUACGUGUACGUGUACGUGUACGUGUACGUGUACGUGUACGUGUACGUGUACGUGUACGUGUACGUGUACGUGUACGUGUACGUGUACGUGUACGUGUACGUGUACGUGUACGUGUACGUGUACGUGUACGUGUACGUGUACGUGUACGUGUACGUGUACGUGUACGUGUACGUGUACGUGUACGUGUACGUGUACGUGUAGUGUACGUGUACGUGUACGUGUACGUGUACGUGUACGUGUACGUGUACGUGUACGUGUACGUGUACGUGUACGUGUACGUGUACGUGUACGUGUACGUGUACGUGUACGUGUACGUGUACGUGUACGUGUACGUGUACGUGUACGUGUACGUGUACGUGUACGUGUACGUGUACGUGUACGUGUACGUGUACGUGUACGUGUACGUGUACGUGUACGUGUACGUGUACGUGUACGUGUACGUGUACGACACGUGUACGUGUACGUGUACGUGUACGUGUACGUGUACGUGUACGUGUACGUGUACGUGUACGUGUACGUGUACGUGUACGUGUACGUGUACGUGUACGUGUACGUGUACGUGUACGUGUACGUGUACGUGUACGUGUACGUGUACGUGUACGUGUACGUGUACGUGUACGUGUACGUGUACGUGUACGUGUACGUGUACGUGUACGUGUACGUGUACGUGUACGUGUACGUGUACGUGUACGUGUACGUGUACGUGUACGUGUACGUGUACGUGUACGUGUACGUGUACGUGUACGUGUACGUGUACGUGUACGUGUACGUGUACGUGUACGUGUACGUGUACGUGUACGUGUACGUGUACGUGUACGUGUACGUGUACGUGUACGUGUACGUGUACGUGUACGUGUACGUGUACGUGUACGUGUACGUGUACGUGUACGUGUACGUGUACGUGUACGUGUACGUGUACGUGUACGUGUACGUGUACGUGUACGUGUACGUGUACGUGUACGUGUACGUGUACGUGUACGUGUACGUGUACGUGUACGUGUACGUGUACGUGUACGUGUACGUGUACGUGUACGUGUACGUGUACGUGUACGUGUACGUGUACGUGUACGUGUACGUGUACGUGUACGUGUACGUGUACGUGUACGUGUACGUGUACGUGUACGUGUACGUGUACGUGUACGUGUACGUGUACGUGUACGUGUACGUGUACGUGUACGUGUACGUGUACGUGUACGUGUACGUGUACGUGUACGUGUACGUGUACGUGUACGUGUACGUGUACGUGUACGUGUACGUGUACGUGUACGUGUACGUGUACGUGUACGUGUACGUGUACGUGUACGUGUACGUGUACGUGUACGUGUACGUGUACGUGUACGUGUACGUGUACGUGUACGUGUACGUGUACGUGUACGUGUACGUGUACGUGUACGUGUACGUGUACGUGUACGUGUACGUGUACGUGUACGUGUACGUGUACGUGUACGUGUACGUGUACGUGUACGUGUACGUGUACGUGUACGUGUACGUGUACGUGUACGUGUACGUGUACGUGUACGUGUACGUGUACGUGUACGUGUACGUGUACGUGUACGUGUACGUGUACGUGUACGUGUACGUGUACGUGUACGUGUACGUGUACGUGUACGUGUACGUGUACGUGUACGUGUACGUGUACGUGUACGUGUACGUGUACGUGUACGUGUACGUGUACGUGUACGUGUACGUGUACGUGUACGUGUACGUGUACGUGUACGUGUACGUGUACGUGUACGUGUACGUGUACGUGUACGUGUACGUGUACGUGUACGUGUACGUGUACGUGUACGUGUACGUGUACGUGUACGUGUACGUGUACGUGUACGUGUACGUGUACGUGUACGUGUACGUGUACGUGUACGUGUACGUGUACGUGUACGUGUACGUGUACGUGUACGUGUACGUGUACGUGUACGUGUACGUGUACGUGUACGUGUACGUGUACGUGUACGUGUACGUGUACGUGUACGUGUACGUGUACGUGUACGUGUACGUGUACGUGUACGUGUACGUGUACGUGUACGUGUACGUGUACGUGUACGUGUACGUGUACGUGUACGUGUACGUGUACGUGUACGUGUACGUGUACGUGUACGUGUACGUGUACGUGUACGUGUACGUGUACGUGUACGUGUACGUGUACGUGUACGUGUACGUGUACGUGUACGUGUACGUGUACGUGUACGUGUACGUGUACGUGUACGUGUACGUGUACGUGUACGUGUACGUGUACGUGUACGUGUACGUGUACGUGUACGUGUACGUGUACGUGUACGUGUACGUGUACGUGUACGUGUACGUGUACGUGUACGUGUACGUGUACGUGUACGUGUACGUGUACGUGUACGUGUUCAACUUAAAAGGUUUUGAAUCGUACGAUAUGUGGCGACCAUGGCAAAAAGAUCAACCAUCAACAAAUUAG